AUGUCGAUUUUGGAGAGGUUUAUCUUGAAUGUUUUGAUUGAAAUUCCCAUGUUUCGUCGCCCUGCACUAAUGUUCCCUGUUACAUUACUUUCUUUCCAGAUCAAAACUAUAAAAGUCAGUAAUGUUUCCUUGGAAGCAAAUGUGCAAGACAUUAAGGAGUUCUUUUCCUUUUCUGGUGAUAUUGAAUAUGUUGAAAUGCAGAGUCAUGAUGAUGGACGAACUCAAACUGCCUUUGUUACCUUCAAGGAUUCACAAGGCGCGGAGACUGCAGUAUUAUUAUCGGGAGCAACAAUAGUUGAUCUGUCCGUGAAAAUAGCAUUGGAUCCAGAUUACAGGAUUCCACCUUCUGCCUUGGCAUCAUCUGAAACAGAGAAUAAAACUCCUGGUGGUGCUGAAUCUGCUUUAGGGAAGGCAGAGGAUGUGGUCACCAGCAUGCUUGCCAAGGGUUUUAUCUUAGGGAAGGAUGCUGUCAACAAAGCAAAGACUUUUGAUGAAAAGCACCAGUUAUCUUCAACAGCUUCAGCAAAAGUUACCUCUUUUGACCAAAAACUUGGGCUUAGUGAGAAAAUAAGUGUCGGUGCUUCUGUUGUGAGUGAUAGAGUUCGAGAAGUGGAUCAAAAGUUUCAGGUUUCAGAGAAGACCAAAUCAGCAUUUGCCGUUGCAGAACAGAAAGUCAGUACUGCAGGGUCUGUUAUAAUGAAGAAUCGAUAUGUACUGACUGGGACUACCUGGGUAACAGGUGCUUUUAAUAAGGUUGCCAAGGCAGCUGGUGAUGUUGGACAGAAGACAAAAGAGAAAGUGGUAAAUGCAGAAGAGGAACAGAAGCGGAAAGUUGAAGAGCAGUAUGCACAGGUCCUUUCUGACUCCCCAAUGGCAGCUGCAAGACACGAUCUGCACUCUUCCAAGGCUGCUCCUGCCCAGGGUUUGAUCCUCUGA